UCCUGGAGCGCGAGCGGGGCUUGGGCCCGGGCUGCGGGGCCGCUGAGCUCCGGGCUGCUCGGCUGGGCUCCGCCGGGCGCUUGGCCUGGAGGCCUGCGACCCAGCCCCGUGGGAGCCAUGGAUUCGCAGGGGCUGAAGACUUUGAUUAAUUACUAUUGUCAAGAGAAAUAUUUCCAUCAUGUGUUACUUACUGCCAGUGAAGGAGUUAAGAGGUAUGGCAAUGACCCAGUGUUCAGGUUUUAUCAUGCCUAUGGUACAUUAAUGGAAGGUAAAACUCAAGAAGCUCUUCGCGAAUUUGAGGCUAUUAAAAAUAAACAAGAUGUAUCACUUUGUUCUCUAAUUGCACUGAUAUAUGCCCAUAAAAUGAGUCCUAAUCCAGAUAGAGAAGCUAUUCUGGAAUCAGAUGCCAGAGUGAAGGAGCAACGUAAAGGAGCUGGGCCGAAAGCUUUGUACCAUGCAGGCUUAUUUCUAUGGCACAUUGGCCGUCAUGACAAGGCUAGAGAGUAUAUUGACAGAAUGAUCAAAAUGUCAAAUGGCAAUAAAGAGGGACAGGUUUUGAGAGCAUGGCUUGAUAUCACAAGAGGAAAAGAACCUUAUACUAAAAAAGCACUGAGAUAUUUUGAGGAGGGAUUACAAGACGGAAAUGAUAUUUUCGCUCUGCUGGGUAAGGCGCAAUGCCUUGAGAUGCGCCAGAAUUACUCCGGUGCUCUGGAGACUGUGAACCAGAUAAUAGUGAACUUUCCAAGUUUCCUUCCUGCUUUUGUAAAGAAAAUGAAACUACAACUUGCCUUACAGGAUUGGGACCAGACUGUUGAAACAGCACAGAGGUUAAUGCUUCAGGAUAAUCAAAAUGUGGAAGCGCUAAGGAUCCUGGCUCUUUACUAUUUGUGUAGGGAGGGGGACAUAGAGAAGGCUGCCACCAAGCUGGAAAACUUAGAGAAUGCAUUGGAUGCCAUGGAACCACAGAAUGCUCAACUUUUUUAUAAGAUCACAGUAGCCUUCAGCAGAACUUGUGGGCGAAGUCAACUCAUUCUUCAAAAAAUUCAGACAUUACUAGAAAGAGCUUUUAGUUUAGCCCCUCAGCAAUCAGAAUUUGCUGCAGAACUUGGAUGCCAAAUGAUUUUACAAGGAAAAGUUAAGGAGGCAUUGAAGUGGUAUAAGACUGCCAUGACACUUGAUGAAACUAGCAUCCCUGCACUGACUGGAUUUAUCCGAUGUCGAUUAAUUGAAGGGCAGUUACAGGAUGCAGAUCAGCAGCUAGAAUUCCUUAGGGAAAUUCAGCAGUCUAUUGGAAAAUCUGCGGAAUUAACCUAUUUACAUGCAAUUCUUGCUAUGAAGAAAAAUAAACAACAAGAGGAAGUUAUUAAUUUGUUAAACGAUGUUCUGGACACUCAUUUUUCACAAUUAGAAGAUCUACCACUUGGCAUACAGUAUUUUGAGAACUUAAAUCCUGAUUUCUUGCUAGAAAUUAUUACCGAAUAUCUGAAUUUCUGUCCAAUGCAGCCUGCAAGUCCUGGGCAACCUCUCUCUCCACUUCUCAGACGUUGUACCUCAAUCCUGGAGACUAUAGUAAGAACUGUACCAGGUCUUCUGCAAGCUGUCUUCCUAAUAGCCAAAGUGAAAUAUUUAUCAGGUGACAUUGAAGCAGCUUAUAAUAACCUGCAGCAUUGCCUAGAACACAACCCUUCUUAUGCAGAUGCUCAUCUCCUGAUAGCUCAGGUUUAUUUGUCUCAGGAAAAAUUCAAAUUGUGUUCUCAGUCACUUGAACUUUGUCUGAGCUAUAAUUUUAAGGUGAGAGAAUACCCUUUAUAUCAUUUGAUAAAAGCUCAGUCACAAAAGAAAAUGGGUGAAAUAGCAGAAGCAAUUAAAACUCUACAUAUGGCAAUGAGUUUACCAGGAAUGAGAAUUGGAGCUUCCUCAAAAUCAAAAUACAGAAAAACUGAAGUUGAUGCAAACCAUCGUUUAUCAAUCUUUCUCGAGUUGGUAGAGGUUCACCGCUUAAAUGGAGAACAGCACGAGGCAGCAAAAGUUUUACAAGAUGCCAUCCAUGAAUUUUCUGGGACGUCUGAAGAAUUACGUGUUACCAUUGCUAACGCAGACCUAGCUCUGGCGCAAGGAGAUGUGGAGCGGGCUUUAAGCAUGCUUCGGAACGUUACAGCUGAGCAGCCUUAUUUCACAGAGGCCAAAGAGAAAAUGGCAGAUAUUUAUCUGAAGCACAGAAAAGAGAAAAUGUUAUAUAUUACUUGUUAUAGAGAAAUUGCUGAGAGAAUGCCCAGCCCUCGUUCUUUUCUUCUCCUUGGUGAUGCAUACAUGAAUAUACAAGAGCCUGAAGAAGCCAUAGUAGCGUAUGAGCAAGCAUUAAAUCAGAAUCCCAAAGAUGGAACACUGGCAAGCAAAAUUGGGAAAGCACUUGUCAAAACCCACAACUAUUCGAAGGCAAUCACUUACUAUGAAGCCGCUCUGAAAAGUGGACAACAAAAUUAUCUUUGCUAUGACCUGGCUGAGCUUCUAUUAAAAUUGAAAUGGUAUGACAAAGCAGAAAAAGUUCUUCAACAUGCUCUAGCUCAUGAACCUGUAAAUGAACUGUCCACUCUCAUGGAAGAUGGACGUUCUCAUGUUCUUCUAGCGGAAGUUUAUAGUAAAAUGGAAAGACCUGGAGAUGCAAUCACUUCAUUACAACAGGCUCGAGAAUUACAAGCUCGGGUACUAAAACGUGUUCAGAUGGAACAGCCAGACGCAGCUCCUGCACAGAAACACUUAGCGGCUGAAAUUUGUGCAGGGAUUGCAAAACAUUCUGUUGCUCAGCGAGACUAUGAAAAAGCAAUUAAGUUUUAUAGAGAGGCUCUUGUUCAUUGUGAAACAGAUAAUAAGAUACUGUUGGAGCUGGCACGAUUAUACCUGGCGCAGGAUGACCCCGAUGCCUGCCUGCGGCACUGUACCCUCCUUCUGCAGAGCGACCAGGACAGGGAGGCUGCCACCAUGAUGAUGGCAGAUCUCAUGUUCAGAAAACAGGACUAUGAACAAGCAGUGUUUCAUUUACAGCAGCUUUUAGAACGCAAACCAGAUAAUUAUAUGACACUAUCUCGUUUAAUUGAUUUCCUGAGACGAUGUGGAAAACUUGAGGAUGUUCCAAGAUUUUUCUUAAUGGCUGAAAAACGUAACUCCAGAGCAAAAUUGGAGCCAGGAUUUCAAUACUGUAAAGGACUAUAUCUUUGGUAUACUGGAGAACCAAAUGAUGCCCUUCGACAUUUUAAUAAAGCUCGGAAGGACAGUGACUGGGGCCAAAAUGCCCUUUAUAAUAUGAUAGAAAUAUGUCUGAAUCCAGAUAAUGAAACUGUUGGAGGUGAAGUAUUUGAAAAUCUGGAUGGAGACCUGGGUAAUUCAACUGAAAAGCAAGAGUCUGUGCAGUUAGCAGUGAGAACAGCAGAAAAACUCCUUAAAGAACUAAAACCUCAGACCAUUCAGGGUCACGUACAGCUUCGCAUCCUGGAAAACUAUUGCCUGGUCGCUACCAAACAGAAGUCUAACGUUGAGCAAGCAUUGAAUACCUUCACCAAGAUAGCAACAUCUGAGUUGUUGCAGCUCAGAGUGACUGAGAAAGACAGAGGAAAGCCAGCUGAACACCUUAGGAUGUCUGCACCAGAAAAGACACGCGGGUCUAAUGCAGGGGUUGGAACUCAGAAGGAUCAUAUUCCAGCACUUCUGGGAAUGGCAACAGCUUAUAUGAUCUUGAAACAGACUCCACGAGCCAGAAACCAGCUGAAGCGGAUUGCGAAAAUGAACUGGAAUCCUAUUGAUGCUGAGGACUUUGAGAAGGGUUGGCUGCUGCUUGCCGAUAUUUAUAUUCAAUCAGCAAAAUACGACAUGGCAGAAGAGCUGCUGAAACGGUGCCUGCGUCAUAAUAAGUCUUGCUGCAAAGCUUAUGAAUAUAUGGGGUACAUUAUGGAAAAAGAGCAAGCAUACACAGAUGCUGCCUUAAACUAUGAGAUGGCGUGGAAACAUGGCAAUCAGACAAAUCCAACAGUUGGAUACAAACUGGCAUUUAAUUACUUAAAAGCAAAAAGAUAUGUGGAUGCCAUUGACAUAUGUCACCAGGUUCUUGAAGGACAUCCAACUUAUCCAAAAAUCAGGAAGGAUAUACUUGAUAAGGCCCGUAUAUCUUUGAGGCCUUGAAAAGUAGUUUAAUUUAGUUUGUUGGUUAUGCAGGAAAUGACAGGUCUCAGUUCCUGUAGUUCAGAAUAGGUUUGAGCUAAAACUUUGUAACAGAAGCAUACUUUCCUUUCUCCAGCAGAGGCCGCUAUUGUAUAUAAAGAGAAAUGCUAUGUCAAAUGGCUGGGUUUCUGAUGGAGAAGGUCCGUGGGAGCUGGUUUAUUUGAUUGACUUUCUUGAUUAGGAGCAGAUUUGGUGUCUCUGUGGUAAAGAUUAUAACCCAUUUCUAUAACGAAUAUUUUGUUAAAUACGAGGUAAUUAAGUAUCCUAUGUCUUUUCUAAGGAAUAUUAGUUGUUUAGUUCAGGAAAUACAUUCAAAAUGCUUUUGUUCUUUGUUAAAAUUUUUUUGUAACAUUCUCUGUUGUUUGAAAGGUUUGAGAAAAUGUUCUUGUAAAUAAUGUAUGAAAAGAAAAAGUAUAUUUUAAUAAAAACUUUAUAAAUGUAUGGUUUGUAUUGCUGUUGGAACUCAAAAGACGUGGUAAGUUUUGCAAAACCAGGGUAAGCCCCCUAAACAAUUUGCACUGUUAAUGAGUAGUUGGAAUAUGUGACAUUCCUAGAAAAAUCUUUUUGGAAAAGUGUAAAGAAUGGGAGCUUCCAUUCCCUUUGUUGAACUCAUUCUUUCUGCUUUCGAUGCCAAUGUGAUCUUAAGAAAUAAUCUGGAUGUGAAAUCAGUUGAAAUAGGUAAACUCUCAGAGCAAUAAUUCACCUUAGCCCGAAGACUAGAUCUCUUGAUGGCACUUGAGACACGGUAACAUCUGGCCGGGAAGGGCGACAGGACAGUUUUGGUCAGCAGGGACUCCCAGGCACACCCUGUGAAAACAGCUGCUUCCCUUACCGUGCCUGCCACCCUCUGGCAUAGCGGCUCUCAGCCUCUCAGGUUAAAUUUAACCUAAUCUUAAUCAACUCAGUGUUCAGCAUUACUUCUGACUUGUUGUCUACAUCUUUUUCAGUUGUCUUUAAGAAUACCAUAAAUAGGGUCUACUCUUUCAUUUGCAUUUCCAAUAAAUACAGAGUAUUUUUAAGUCGCUUGUUGCUUGUAAGUGUCCUAUGUUUAUUUUUUUUGAGCUAUAUUCUCUUGUUUUUGACUACUUCUGCAAUUUUCCAAAGUCCUUCUAAUUCCAGUUAUACGUCAUAAAAUUCUCAUCAUUCUUCUUGUUCACCUACCUUAUUUAUGGCAUUUCAUGAAAAUAUUUAAGAGCAUUUAUGAAGCAUUUCAUAUCUGUUAGAACACUUUCAUGUGUCUUAUUACAGUUGAUCACCAGAACCCUAGAAUGUGUGAUUCUGGAACUGCGGCAGAUUAGCUCUUUCUUUGUAAUUCAGCCUGAAUGGACGUUGUUAAGGAUAUUAUAUAACAGAGUACCUUAAGUAGUUCCAGUGAAUUUGCAUCAUGGAAUGCUAGAGUCCUGGAAAUUGGAUAGAGAAAGUAGAACAUCUCUUCUCCCAGCAAGACACUUCCAGAUCAGUCUUCCUAUCUGUAAAAUGGGGAGUUUGUUUUUGUUUCUUUAGCAACCACUUAAUAUUUUGCACCUGCCAUUUGUGAGGUACUAUUCUAAGAACUUUACUUACAUUAUGUCUUCUAAUUUACACUCAGCUUCCCAGAGAAAUAAUACUCUUAUUUUUCAGAUGAGGAGGAUGGAGUUUCAAACUAAAUGAUUUGCCCAAGGUCACAGAAAAAGUGUCAGAAUCUGGAUGCCAUACUGACCCAGACAACUUCAAAGCUCACGCCCUGUUUCCUAUAUUAGGACAUUUUGCAUCAGUAAGAGGGAUUGUGUCUAUAAGAAAAAAUUCUCUUGUCCACAUCUGGCCAGCAGAAGAAACUAAGUGUUCUAUCACAGAGCUAGUCAAGUAAUGAGGAACAAGAUGAACUGAGUGGAGUGAACAGUUCUUACAAACGUGAAAUUACCGAAAGGAAGUCUAGCUGAGGAGUAGUGUAGUGUGGCAGUUAAGUACAUGGAUUUGAAAUCAGACCAGCCUGGGUUUCAGCUGGGUUCUACCGCUUACUAGGUGUUUAAUCUUUCUCAAGUUAUGUAGGUUCUCUGAGCUUCUGUUUUCUCAUCCAUAAAGAAGCGUAUAAGGAUAAUCUGCCUCAGGUCGUUGUGAGGAUUAAAUGAGAAAACAUACAUAAAACGUGUAAUGAACCUGACUCACUUAGGCUCUUAAUGAACAGUGGCUCUACUUAUUUCUUAUGAGUGGAACAGGGCCAAGUAGUAACUGCAACUGAGAAAAACCUUCACAGAAGAAAAAAAUGAAGUCCAAGGUGAGAUAAAAAGGACAAGUGAGUUCCCCAAGACCGCUCAGCUGAACGGGAUUCAGGGUUCUCAUUCAUGCUCGCCCUCCUCCCCACCCUACUCCUUCUCUUUUCCCCUCUGUCCUCUCCCCUCCCCACACCAAACACUGUGCUGUACUCUUUACAUGCAUAAUCUCUUCAUCCAUCUCUGCCUUUGCUCUAGCCUUCUCUAACCUGGGGUUCUCUCCCUGCUCUCCUCUCCCUUACCCUGCUUCCUGUCUCCGAGCUUCCUGCUCUAGGCUUAUUCUUUCUUUCUUUCAGGUGUCAGUUUAUUGUCACCUCAUCAGAGGCCAUGUCCACGUCCGGACCCACAGUCUAAAGUAGCCAUCCUGUCAUGCUGUAUCUUAUCACCCUUUUUAAACUGUUUAGCGCUUAACCAGUCUCUGAUGUCUUCUUGUUCACUGAGGCAUGGUUUAUGACCAGGCCUUAGGUGACAUACCCAAGAUCACAUAUCGAGGAAAGCGGGAACUCAAACUGCUAGUUGAAGGAAUCAGGUGAAAUGAGAGUUUGGGGACUGCACUAAGGACAGCAGAGGAGCACAACAUGAAAGAAUCUUCUAUCAACCUCGGAUCAGAAUACCAUCCCCUCAUGGUGAGGAAGCAGUUACAAGUUUAAUGCACUUUGACCUUAAGCCAGCUAGUAUGAACUGGGUCCCAAGAAGAAAUAGCUUUCUUCCCUAGAAGUUAAGAACCUAGAGCAGUUCUGGAAGGGUUUUCCGCAUGUACAGCUGAGGAAGCUACGUUGAACCUUGCAUUAGGGUACAUCUAGUCCCUACUAGAGUAGUAGAGUCGCUGUGGAAACCAAAUGACCAAUUAAGACUGACAGAAACUUUUAGUUUGGGACUGGAGACAAGCGACUAGCCUUAUAAUAGGAUUAUAUAGCACUGCUAGCGCUGGUGAAGUAAUACAUGAAGGACUGGCAAAGGUGCAGGGAAGCUAACACGUUCAUACUCUCCUGGUACAGUGUAGUCAGCCUUCCUGAAGGGCAUUCGGCAGCAUGAAUUAAGAGCUUGUCCUUUGAGUAAUCGCACUUAGAAAAGUUUUUCAUGGGAGAUAUUCAGAAAUUUCUCGAAAUUUUUCAGUUAAAAAAAACAAACAGCAGAAAGCUUAUUUUUUGGUUUUUGGGUUUGUUGUUUUUGUUACCAAAACACUCAACAUAAAGGAAGUGGUCAAAUAUAUUAAAGUUUACCCAAUAAUGGAAUACUAUGUAGUCAUCAAAACUAUUUUCAAAGAUGUUUUUAUGUGUUUUUUAAAACUACUCAAAGAUUUUUAACUGCUAAAGUUCUCACAAAAUAAUAAGCAAAAUAGCAGGAAACAUAACUCCAUAUAAAAUAUUAACUUGGAAAAAAAUAGAUGCAUGGAUAUAAAUACAUACAAAACCAGAGGAAACUAACCCAAUUUUUGGGAGGCGCUUGGGUGGCUCAGUCAGUUAAGCAUCUGCCUUCGGCUCAGGUCAUCAUCCCAGGGUCCUGAGAUCGAGCCCCACGUCAGGCUCCCUGCUUAGCGGGGACUCUGCUUCUCCGAACUCUCCCUCCACCCCCCCACCUGCCCGACUCAUGCUCUCUCUCAAAUAAAUAAAUCUUUUUUUUUUAAAGAAAUUAACCCAAAUUUUAACUCAUUAUAUCUGAGUGCUGAAAUAAUCAGAAAUGUAUUUAUUUUACAAGUUAGCUGCAAUGAACAUAUACACUAAAAAAAUUUGUGGUUUUUUUUUUUAGAGAAUGUUCUCAAACUUGCUUCUUGCUGACUGUUUAAAGUUCUUUAGCUGAGCAAAGAUGAGUAGGAAAAACUAAACAAAAGCUAACAUUCUUUCAACUCUUAACACCCACACUUUACUACUAAUUGUUUAUGCAGAAUGUAAUCUGGUUUAUUUCACUUGUCAGAGGAAAAGAUUCAGGAUGUAGAAGAUAAAAAAAGACUGCGGGAAAUGUUAACGGGGUGGUAAUAGUCAUGAUAAUAGGAGAACAUGGGAUUACUAAAGAGGCUAGAAGUU